AAUCUCCCCUUCCUUCCUUUCUGCUCAUCCUCCUCUUGUUUGUGGAGGUGCAUGGCAGUGUCUCCGCCUCGCGAGGGCGAGGGAGAAGAUGGCAGUCUCCCACAAGAUGACCUUCAUCUUGUGCAUGAGGCUACAAAGUAUGAUAUGGACAAUUCGGAAUUAGCAAAAGUAAUCCUCAGUAGAAUUCAAAAGCUUGAUCCAGAGAAUGCGCUCAAGAUCAUGGGUUGUAUUUUCUUAAAGGAGCCUACCAAUCAAGAAUUGGUCCAAUUAGCAUUGGGGUCUGACAACAUGUUAGUGUCAAGAAUAAGUGAUGCUAAGUCCAUGCUUUCCAACUCUGACAUGCAAUUUGGUUCCAACCAUCAUGGUUCUUACAAUUCUCAUGUUCCAAAACCCUAUUUGAAUCUUCAGCAUGUUUCUGGACAGUGUUCACCAUACAAAGAUUUAAUCGUGGAUGAGUACUCUUUUGAUGAACACACUAAUUUUCUCGGUUUGAAGGAGCAAUUAGAAAUUGCCAAUCAGAUGGAAAAUGACUGCCUCCCUGAAGUUUCACACCAUGGUAAGCUGACUUUAAGAACUAGGAGAAGAUCAUGCAGUCCUUCAAAGUCGAGCAAGGUGUGCCAUUUUUUCAACAAGGGUUACUGCAAGCAUGGCAGAAGCUGUGGGUUCUUGCAUGAGCAAUCCUUGUCAGAUGGCUACCCUUGGAAUUUUAUUCGUGACAUGAACAAUGCUGCAAACUGUGACGAAGGUGCCACACCUAGAUCACUUGAGAAGAUAGAAAGGGAAAUUGUAGAGCUUUUGAGAUUGGAAGGGCCUAUUUCUAUUGCAUUGCUGCCUAAACUAUACUACGAUCGGUAUGGCAAGCACCUUUUAACCGAGGGGUAUCUUACAGAGAGCCAAAGGCAUGACAAGACUGGUUUCAGCUUGAUAAAGCUGCUCAUCAACUUCAAGGAUAGUAUCAUUGUCAUUGCUAGAGCACAUGGAGAGCAUUACAUAAUUCUAGCAGAAGAUGCACCAAGAUACAAGUCCACGAAUGAGAGAACUAAUCCAGGCACAGCAUCUUCGAGUUCUCAUCAGAUUUAUCUUACAUUUCCAGCAGAAAGCACAUUCACUGUUGAUGGUGUCUCAAACUAUUUCUCGAAAUAUGGUCCAGUAAAAGAUGUGAGGAUUCCUUACCAAGACAAGCGCAUGUUCGGAUUUGUGAGCUUUGUCAGACCAGAAACUGUUGGUGCUGUCUUGAUGAAGGCGAAUCCUCAUUUUAUUGAUGGGGCUCGCGUCCUUGUCAAGCCCUAUAAAAUAAAAUCCAGGACUACUGGCAGAACGCAUACAAAGAAAACAAAGCCCACGACUUGUUAUCCUAAUCUUCAGAUGAAUUCUUAUUGUCCUCUAAUGCCUCUAGAUCUUAAUUCAAGUCAACUCAGAGAGCAGCUGAUUGGGGAGCAUGAAAAGAUGUUUAAAGAUGACAGAAUGUGUCUUUCUAAGUUUAACAUUGCAUCAAGGACACCAACAGAGACACCAUUGCUGCACUAUGGCACGGAACCGAAAACUUCAGGCUAUGUCAAAUUUCCCGUCGUUAAUAAAUGUCAUGCAGUUGGUGCUAUCAAUACUGGCUUGAACACUGAUGAUGAAUUCAGCAACAGUUGCACUGAAAAUAGAAGCCAAAUUGAACUUCCUGAGAGUCCUUUUUACUCUUCCUCCAGAGGAAAGCAGUAUUUCGGAAGUCAUGUACCAAUUCAGAGAAGAAAAUGAAGAAUAGAUUUAUCAGCCCUUCCAUGCCUAUCUGAAGCCAGAGUCCACCCUGUAUGGGCUAAGUGAUGUUUUGUCAAUACAAGUGUUAUAUUUUCAUCUCUUUUUUCAUUUAGAUGUUUUUUAUUUAUAUUUUUGGACAAAAUAUUAGAUUCUCUGGUAGUGACUACAAUGAUUCAACACCACCAGGAGAAAGGGGACAAGUUCCAAUUGCAUACAGGGAGGCCAGAAUCCAGUAUUUUCAGAGGAGGAGGGACAAUUUUCUUUCUAGAAAGAAGCACAGACUUGAAAGUAGAGUUUUGAUUGAGUUGUAAAUAUAGGAAAUAAGUCUAGUGAUAUCUUAUUGGAGUUGGUGUUCUUGAAUUAGUUGCCAAUAAAGAAUAUGAUCAAUCGUCCUAGCAAGAUAAGCUAUGAUGAAUUGAUCAUUUUAAA